AUGUGGCUCGGCAGCCGUUCUAGUAGGACAUUACGAUAUAGAAACCCUUCUGCAGACGAGCAAGGAUUGACCAUGCAAGUGGGUAGCCACGAAUUUUGGAGCGGGUCGCGAAUCUGCAGGAGUGUAAUAAGGGUCUUCGAGAUGCAGCAAAGUACACCAGCAUCUCAGCAUCACCGUACUCUGCAGCCACUAAGAUGGAGCCAAGCUGUACUAGGCUGGCAAAGGACACUUACCGUAGCAAUCAUAGCUUUCGUUGUGGGAGAUUUCAUGUGGUUGUUAACAGACGUCGAAGUGCUCGGCUCGCUGAUAACCCCGUCUUAUCGUCGCCGCCGUCUCCUUCUCUCAUCGCCGCCGCCGUCCCGUCUCUCAUCGCCGCCGCCGUCCCCCGUCUCAUCGUCGCCGCCGUCCCCUUCUCUCAUCGCCGCCGCCGUCCCGUCUCUCAUCGCCGCCGCCGUCCGUCUCAUCGCCGCCGCCGUCCGCCGUCUCAUCGCCGCCGCCGCGGUCCCUCUCUUAAUGACUCGCGAGGCGACGUUCGUGCGGUGGUGUCGCGGGUCGCGCGAGCUUGAUAUUGCAACAUGACUUCAUGCUUUUCGAGGGCAAUUCCGGUAAUAUAACCGCGAUUGACGGUACAUCUAUAAAAUCUGAUAAGAUUUAGAUGGUGGCGUUGUUUAAGAAACUCCAAGACCUUUACUUCCUUAAGAAGCAUUCAGGGCAAGAGCUUUGUCUCUUCUUUAUUGUCAAGAU